GGAGGAAAGCUAUUGCUAGAUGUCUUUGUCUAUCAUUCUAAGCUUCAUAUGAAAGGGUUUAAAAGUUUACAAAUGGGGGAGUGGGUGGAAUUUACUUUUUUCAACUCUCCCAAAGGCCCAAAAGUGCUUUUGGUAACAGGCCCUGAUGGAAAGUCCUGUGAGCGAAAAAAAUCAAAGAGGGACAGAUGUUAUCACUGUGGUGCCAGGCACCACGCAAAGGCGUGA